UGUGACGUACGGAGACAGAAGAAGACGUGUAUGAUCAAUGGAAUUUAUGCGUAAUUUACGUGAUAUUGAAAAGGACGACUCGUAUUUUUAUUUUUUUUUUACUUAUUUCUUUUUUUUUUAUGAGGGGUGAAUGGUUCGUCCAACUUGGGACGAGUGGGUAUUUUGGAUGAAAGUAUGUUUCGGGUGUAGUUGUUUGGAUCGCAAGUGUUUUUUUGUUUCUGUCUAAAAUGAGGAAGCCGCAGUAAAUACGCUUCUAGGAUUCUUCCUCGGCGACAAAAGCCCUUCUCGGACCUCUGUCGCCGGGCGAGAGUCGGGCAUCGUCCGUAUUGUAGAAUCAGAAUGAUAAAGCCGAAAGUGAGUCGGAUGUUGCUGGCGACAUGCGUCGGAUCGUUUUUCAUUCUCAUCUUGUACAUCCAGAACAUCUCAAGAUCAGCUUCAGAACAGCUUUCGGGUGGAAACAGUUUCCCAGUUAAAUCAAGACGAAGUCCUUUGCAGACACUACAAGUAAAUGAUCAGCUGGAGCAGUCUGCAGUGCAGACCACACUGCAGGGACGUCGGGAACUCCUGGAGGAAACUUGCCAUAUGCAUACUCAUAAAAGACGUGUACUCAGCCCUGAGGAUCUUCGGCACCUCAUAGUGGACGAUAAACACAAGUUGCUAUACUGCUAUGUCCCCAAAGUGGCAUGCACCAACUGGAAGCGUGUGAUGAUGGUGCUAACGGGUGACAGCCGCUAUCGUGAGCCACUUGCUAUUCCAGCCAACGAGGCUCACGUGGCGGGCAACUUGCGUUCGCUCUCGGAGUAUUCCACGGCUGAGAUCAACAAGCGCCUACGUACAUAUUUGAAGUUCAUCUUUGUUCGUGAGCCCUUUGAGAGACUUGUCUCUGCCUACCGGAACAAAUUCACUCGUAGCUACAACACAGCAUUCCAUAAACGGUACGGUACCAAAAUCAUCCGCAGACAUCGGGUGGACCCCCAACCCCAGGCGCUGGAAAAAGGCAACGAUGUAUCUUUUGAGGAGUUUGUGUAUUAUUUAGUAGACCCCCAGACUCAGACAGAAGAACCUUUUAAUGAGCACUGGGAGAGGGUUCACUCUCUUUGCCACCCUUGCUUGAUCCAUUACGACGUGGUGGGAAAAUAUGAGACGCUUGAGCAAGAUUCACGCUAUAUUCUAAAGCUAGCAGGUGCUGACGGAGAGGUCAAAUUCCCGACCACCUCCAAGAGCACCAGGACCACAGGAGACAUGGCCGCCAAGUUCUUCGACAACAUCAGUCCAUUUUACCAGAAGAAGCUAUUCAGCCUCUACCGAAUGGACUUCUUAUUGUUUAACUACUCUGUGCCAGCAUACUUGAAGUUGAGAUGAGAGUUUGCACAACA